AUUAAUAGUCAUAAUCAGGUGAGACAACAUUGAGCAGUCUGGAUGUUCGCUGCUUCAUUAUUUACCGUGAUUCAUGGGUAAAUACGCCAAGUAAAAGCUCUAUGAUUACGACAUUUGGUGUGGGUAAUCGUUGAUAUUCGUUGCUAAAUACACUAAGUAAAGGAGAAUCUGUGAAUAUGCCACGGUCAAAUGGAUCGGGUAGACCCCGUUUAUCUAAACUAGCUGUUUGUCGAGAUGUACUGGAAAUUCCUCAACUACCAAAGCCCAACAUGUCCACCCUGACGAUAGGGGGGCAUACAUACGAGUGCAAUGCUCAAUGUUUUAAAAGAAUUCGUCUUCUUGGACGCGGGGCGUAUGGUGUCGUGGAGGAAAUGCGACAUUUACCAAGUGGAGGUUUAAUUGCAGUAAAACAAAUUCAAUUUACAGUGAAUAAUAAAGAACAAAAACGUUUAUUAAUGGACUUGGAUAUUAAUAUGAGAAGUGGGUCAUGUCCUUACACGGUAGACUUUUAUGGAGCCUUAUUUCGCGAAGGUGAUAUGUGGAUAUGUAUGGAAGUUAUGGACGCCUCUUUGGAACAAAUAUAUAAAGCUAUUAAUUGCAAAGGAAAUAGAAUUCCUGAGCCCGUUUUAAAAAAUAUAGCAUUGUCCGUAGUUAAAGCUUUACAUUACCUCCAUUCGGAGUUACAAGUUAUCCAUAGAGAUGUUAAACCUUCUAAUAUACUGAUCAAUCGCAAAGGAGAGGUGAAGAUCUGUGAUUUUGGUAUUAGUGGACAUCUAAUCGAUUCCCUGGUACAUACCAAAGAUGCUGGCUGUCGACCAUAUAUGGGACCAGAACGCAUCAAUCCUGAAAAUGUUUCCGGGGGUUAUGAUAUAAGAUCAGAUGUGUGGAGUUUGGGUAUUACAAUGAUUGAGUUAGCCACAGGUGUCUUCCCAUACUCUACCUGGAGUACCCCAUUUGAGCAAAUUCGACAAGUAGUCAUGGAUGCUCCACCUAAAUUACCUGCAAAUGAAUUCUCCCCAGAAUUUGAAGAUUUUGUUACACAGUGUUUGCAGAAAGAUUACAAAAUGCGACCAAACUACACUCAAUUAAUGAAACAUCCAUUUUUGGUUUCAAAAUCUGACGUCUCGGAGGUGAAUAUGUCUGAUUUUGUAGAUGGGGUUUUAAAGACAUGUGCCGAUUGAAAAAAUGAACGUUUGUCAGAUGAAGAAUGCGUUUGGUAGUAAUUUCGGUUAUUAUCAGAUUUGAACACACUGACAUAGAAUGAAAGUAGAACUCCAUUUUAAACCAAACCUAGAGUGCAUUAGGCAAUCAUAAUAAAUCUUGCGGUAAGAUCAAAGAUGGCUUGUAAUACUUACAGAAAAAUAACAUAAAAGCUUCAUACCAUACUGUUAUUGUUAAUGAUAUUAUCGAUGAAGAUUUUAAGAAAGUGCUUCAGUGAUUAUUCGUAUUUUUGAUAUUAUCCAUAUAAAACAUUCAGCCUACCCGUAGUUCAUUUCUUCCAUAUAUCGGAUUGUCUUUAUCUCAGGAAUUGAUUUAUCCGAACAAUUUCACGGUCAAAUUGCACCAGGAAUUAUUGUACAUAUGAUUAGAAAUUAACUUGUUAUUAAUGUGUAUGAAAAUAUUUCAGUAUAGGACUCAAAGUAUUGUCUUAUUGUAUAUUAUAUUAUUGUAUAGGUCAGAUAUUAUAGUGUCCAAAAUAAUAAUAAUAAAAAAAACAAACAAC